CUGGAAACCUAUCAAACCCCAGUGUUUACUGUCUCAGGUGUGUAGUGGCUGUUGCCAUAGAAACGGCAACUCAGCACCACCCACCCAGGUUUUACUGCUUUUCUGUCGGAAAUGUAACAAAAGGUUGUCUGGUGGCCAGCCGGGGGGAUUUUCAGGUGAAGGUGACACAAGAAAGCUCUAGACAUGUCUGCCAAGAAGCGGAAGGGAGGGCUGGCCUUGGACGCCAUCUGCGCCAAGCUCAAGACCCAACGCCGCGCCGUGGAAGACUCUCCAGAAGACAGCUCAAGUCCAGGAGACCCGACCGAUGUCGCGCCUCAGGUUUCGGAAGAGGACAUUCCUGUAAACGGGGUGGCGUCUCCUGAUCCUGCCGUAGAACAGGACUCAUGCCAUGAUGACGAUGAAUCAAACAGUAGAACGGAUCAUUCGCCUGAUCAUAAACAGUCUAGUUUAGAUAGUGAACAAGAUUGUGCAAUGCAAGAUAGCAAAGACGAUAUCCAGCCAAUAGGGAAUGAUGACUCUGUUCCAGAGCUUGCAUCGUCAAGAGACGAUGCGGCACUCUUACAAGACGAACAACCAGAAGACUUGUCAGUUAGAAACGACCAAGAUGUAGACUUAGCUAGCGAUAAGAACGAGCAAAGACCAGAGGAGUCGUCUAGACGAAAAAGGACGCCGAACAAAAUCACGCACUUUCAGAUGGAGGAGGAACUCUCAGAGGAAUGCAUCGACGGUGACGUCGUAAUCGUACAGCCCACAGGAUGUAGCGACAGUGAAGACGAAAUCGAUGACACCACCGAGUUCGAAAACCCUUUCAAUCAGAGCGACAAUGAAGACCAAGACGAUGAGGACUAUGAUCCUGAAAAAGACAAUAUAAACAAGAGGGCAAGCACCAACUCUCGCUCUGAACCACAACUUGCCAACCCUCUAGCUAGUAACACUAAUCACAAGGCAACUGUAGAAAGCAACAAACCAGAGCAAACACCUCCAACAGAACCUCAAGUAAGUCAGGGCGAUGCCUCCACAUUGCGAGAUUACGCGGAGACGACGAUGAACGAACUGAUCGGGAUGUUCGGGUACGACUCCAGCGAUCACGACCUCAAAGCGCUGCCCUUACAAACGUUUUCUUCGGGCAAAAUUCUUGAGAUGCAGAUCAAAGAGCGACAGGGAAACGGGAUCCAAAACGAGGCUCUUGCCCUCGUGCAGGGGUUAUCGGGAGCAAACAUAGACGCUCGGGGGUCCAAAUACGACUUUUUUAUCCAGAAGCUCAAGUCGGGGGAGAAUUUCGCCGACCCAAACGACACCAUAACGGCCGGCACGAUAUCCCCCCGCCGCUCGUCAAAAUUCGAUCCCGAACGAAUCAAAUAUCUCCAGCCUCAGGACAUUUCUCCCAUCCUCGCCAACCUCAACGAACCGAUGAAAAAGGGCGGCCGCCCGCUGAAAUACGACAUUCGGAACUUUCAGGGCUUAAACGCCGGCCCGCAAACAGUGACUAGCGCCAUGACUACCUCAGACUUACAAUCAAACACCAACAGCGUGGACAGCGACCUGUUUGACGGUGAGCUGGGCCGCACGGCAAACGCCAGCACGGACUACAUCAAGGCUUGCUUCUCGGAGAACGGCAAGCCUGAUGUGGAGGAGAUGCUGAGGAACAACGAGAUGAACAUAUUUCAGAAGUAUAUCGCAAAGUUCUCAGCAAACGUGCACUGCGGGCACCUCCACUGUGUGUACCAGUACAAGGAGCACUUCCACUGCCUGGACACAGAGUGUAAUUACCAGCGGUUCACCAACAAGCAGGACGUGAUUCGCCACUACAACAUGCACAAGAAGAAGGACAACUCCCUGCAGCACGGCUUCAUGCGCUUCAGCCCGCUGGACGACUGCAGUGUGUACUACUCAGGCUGCUCCCUCAACCUGAAGCACACGCACUACCACUGUAUGCAGGUUGGAUGCAAUAAAGUGUACACCAGUACGUCUGAUGUCAUGACCCACGAGAACUUUCACAAGAAGAACGCUGCGUUCAUCAGCGAAGGGUUCCAGCGCUUCCGAGCCACGGAAGACUGCGGUAUCAUAACCUGCUCGUUCUACGGACAGAAGACAACGCACUUUCACUGCCGUCGGCCAAACUGCAACUUCUCCUUUAAGAACAAGUGUGACAUUGAGAAGCACAAGGCCUACCACAUCAAGGACGACAUGUACACCAAGGAGGGGUUCAAGAAGUUCUACAAGUACGAGGAGUGUCGGUUCGACGGCUGCGUCUACUCCAAGGCGUCCAACCACUUCCACUGCAUCCGGCCAGGCUGCGGGUUCACUUUCACCUCGACGGGGCAGAUGCACUCUCACCGGCGCAAGCACGAACGGCGGGAGCUGCGCAACCUACGGGACAACAAGUACUCCCCGGGGGUGCACCGGAUGAAGCUGAAUCAGCUCAUCCAGCAACAGCAACAGUUACAGCUGCUACAACAACAACAACAGCAGCUGCAGCAACAAACACUGCCCAUCCAGAUACAAGUCCCUCAGGCGGCGCCCAUACCUGUACAUGUACCUGCCCCCACCACUCUUAUAACCACUGCUGCUACCAACCCCACCGCACCCUCCCCUGCUGCUCUCCAGGCUGCUAAACUCGCCAAGAUGCCCGAAGCCACGGACGUGCAAGAAGCAAAGUCCGGUCCGGUCAUCUCCGCAUCCCUCGCAAGGAUGGCAGCCGCCGCCCUCAGUCCUAGCAGCAAGCUGGCUGCUGCGUCCCCCACCUCUUCCAACUCCUUACCUCAGUUCCCCGUCCCGAGCGAAGAAACCUUGGGGCAGGUCAACGUCAAGAAAGAGAAAGAGAGCGAGGAGGACGAAUGCGAAAGCUCGGGCGGGUCCUUGAACUUGAAGAUCAAACAGGAAAACACAAGCUCGCAGCUAAUGUCGAUGGACGGGGUAGACUUAAGCGAUUCUCUCAACCUGACGGCAAACUUCGCCACCCUAGCUAACCCCCGAGCCACGGCAGAGAUGGACUUGGGAAGCUCCUUGAACUUGAACCUGCCAGGUGUGGAGGAAGGAGACAGUGGAAGGAGCACGGACACUUGGGAGAAAUUUCUGAAGAGGUACACUGCCAAUGACCCCUGCGACCCUCGGUGUGAGUUCCUGUAUAAGGACCAUUACCACUGUGUGGUGGAGGGGUGUGGGGCCAUCUUUAGGUCUAAGGAGGGAGUCAACAAACAUGCCAAGUACCACCGUCUGAGUGAAGGCAUGAUACAGAACGGGUUCGAGCGCUUCAGCCAAUCGCAGGACUGUCAGAAGUACGACCCCAACUGCCAGCUGAGGCUAAAGGAGUCCCACUACCACUGCACAUGGCCUGGCUGCACCCAUGCUGUGCAGAUGUUGACGCCCAACAACCAGCAUUACGAGCAGCACAAGAUGAUGAUCACCCCUCCGUCAGAGAUCAAACCCGUCACAGGGAGUCUGUCCUCCUUACCGUCCGGCAGCCAGGUCGAUGGGAUACCUGGGAUGAGGAGGUUCACCCUACAGGAAAACUGUGGCUACCCCGAGUGUUACUACUCCAUGAAGUCCAGCCACUAUCACUGUACAAAGGACGGAUGCCUGCUAGCGUAUGUGCAGGCACACGCUGCUGCUAACCACCCCAACAUGCACGACAACUCCAACAGCCCCACCAACCUCAGUGAGCACAGCCUUACCCCCAGUCCCGAGGGUCUCCAGUUCUUCAAUAAAUACCACAAUGCAAAGGAUUUCUUCUGCUACUACGGCAUCAAGCGGCUAUGUCCCGACCAACAGUGUGAGUACCGACUGCGGGGACACUACCACUGCAACAAGCCUGGCUGCCACUUCACAACGGUCGGCACCUCCAAACUGCCAUGGCAUCUCAAGAAACAUGACAAGGCAGAGCAGAGAGAGGCCCAGGGCUACAAGUUCUUCACCAAGAGGGAGAGCUGCGGCCGGCUGGGGUGCAAGUACAGCCUGAAGAGCAGCCACUUCCACUGCAUCCGGCCGGGCUGCAAGUUCAACUUCCAGUUCAAGCACCAGAUGGUCACGCACAGUCGCAAGCACAUGCGCCGCCUCUUCGGGCGAAACUUCGAGCAGGUCCUCAAGGCAAACGGCGAGGCCGCCAUGGAGUCCGUCAUCUCAAACACGCCUCCGGGGCAGCCGCCUCAGAACGCUGUCUCCUCCUUAAUCUUAAAGAAGCCGCUUCUUCAGAGCAGCGCUAGCAGCUCGGCAGCGACGCCGGUGCCAAUACUGCCCAUGACCUCCCUACCGCAGACCAUCCUCCUGAGCCCUCCAGCGAACCCCAUGCAGGUGGCGCUCACCUCUCCCCCUCAGGUUUUCACGUCUGGCGCGGCAGCCCAGAUGGCCAUCCCUGUCAACCUGACCGUGAACACGUCCAACAUCAACCAAGCAGCCGCCGCAUCGCCCACUAUCACCACUCAGACGGGAGAGGCCGUGCCCAGCACUCCGCUUGCCAUACCCCAGCUCGCUAUCAUCUCUCAAGCCCCAAGUCUGGCCGGGGCCGGCUUGCCCACGCUCAUGGUCACCCAGCCGACCACGACGCUCGCGGGACUGGGGCAGCCGCAGCUGCUAUCGCAGGUGCAGCAGACGCAGCAGAUGCAGGUGGCGGCACACGCCCUACAGCUGGCUCAGCAAAUCCAGAAGGCCGGGCUGGUCGCCCCCGCGCUGCUCGCACAACAAGUCCAGACCGUACCGCAGCCGACUCUGACCUCCCCGGGUUCGAUGUCACCGACACCGCUGUUCUCGAGUUUCUCAGUACCGCUCACGCCGCUAGAUUCGGAAUCUUCGCAGCCACCGAGCACGCCAAACACACCGGGGGGCAGCAACGACUCGGCCAGCAACGAUUCAGGGACACUGCACCAGCUGCCGACCAACAGGAACCCGUUUUCGUCCUUCGAGUUCCGCGUGAAGAAGCGGCGCUCUCGUAUGAUCGACGACGGCACGAUGCUUGAGGGAUUCGCUCGUUACGAUCUCUACGAGGACUGCAAGGACCCGAAGUGUCAGUUCAGCAUGAGGGUAACCCACUACCACUGCACCCGGCCAAACUGCGGGUACAAGUUCUGCGGGCGCACGCACAUGUACAAACACUCGCAGCACCACGACCGCGUGGACAGCCUGGUCUUAGACGACUUCCAGCGGUACAAGUCUUCGGUGAGCUGUGGGCGGGAUGGCUGCAUGUUCUCGGAGAAGAGCACGCACUUCCACUGCCUGCGAUGCGACUUCCAGUGCACCGACAGCACCAAGGUGACCGCCCAUCGGAAACACCACUCGAAGAGCGACACGGUCCAGGCGGCGGGGUUUAAGCAGUUCGGGUCGGGGGUUAGCUGCGAGCAGGACGGUUGCAGGUACAACAUGAAGUGUUCCCACUUCCACUGCAUGCACGAGGGCUGCAGACACGUGGUGGUGGGGAUGUCACAGAUGGAGUCUCACAAGAGGAAGCACACCAAACACAGCCUGUCCAUGGCCGUCUCCGCUACGGUUUGAUUAGACUCUCGUUAAAAAUCAGGUACCAACUCAUCAGGACUAACGAUGAACAAAACAAACAAGAAUCAAGCAUCUUCGCAUGCUCCAGCAAAAAAACCUCAACGUUUCUGAUCUAGAGUGUCCUCAGGAGGUGAAAGCAAAGUUAUCCUUUACACAGAAAAAAUGAGAUUUUUGUGGAGAUAUUUUACAAAGUGCACAUUAAGAGUGCCAUCCAGUUGCAUGAUGAAGAAUGAUGAUUGAACAAUGUAAAACUAAGCAGAUGCAUACCAGCAUACAAACAAAUGAAAUGUUACAAAAACUGAUGAAUUUCACACCUCAUAGGAGACACUUUUGUAGGUACGUAACAACAGGUCGGUUUUUAAACAGUGAUGUAAUUUGUAAAUAAGAUUUGAAUGUGUGCAAAUUGUGUAUGGAAAUUCAGUAGUGUUACAUAUUAUUAAACAGUGGUUCUGUGGUAACUUAUUAUAAAAAGCGUACAUGUGUAUAAGGACUAAAUGGAAUUGUUCUGAUAUUGAUGAGAAUUUUGAUGCAUGUGUUUUGCUGCUGCUUGCACAAUCCUGCUGUAUAGGGUGCUACCUUGUAUUUUUCAAGUGAACAUAAAUCAAUUUUAAGAUUACAUAUGGAAUAACAG